AUGCACGUGAGGAUCGAAGGAACAAGUAUUGACGCUGUCGUCACGUCAAUCGAGUAUAUCUAUAGAUUCAAGCUGGGCCAGUGGCUUGGGAUGAGGCAUACGAUGCUAUACUAUUGCCUUCUCAAAGCUAUUCGACACGUUACCACUACUACAUGGAUGGAGAUGUUGUGGGCAGCUUCGACUUUGCCAGAUACGAAGAUGCGUCUGGUUUUGUGUGAUCGUUUGCUGGACUUCGUCAAGGCGUUGAAACCUGAACAGUAUUGCCAGGUAUUAACAGAUAUGCAGUGCGUUUAUAUCGGUCGACUGAAGCACCACGACGUUCUGGUUCGAGCAGUGAUGGGACUUAUUAACAGCGUCAUACUUGUGGAAUUCUGGAGAAACUUACUGGAUGCACUGAGCAGAUGGCUCAGCGACGGGUUUAAGACGCCAAACCCGCCUUCGCUUCGCGCUAUGCACCGUCACUUUGCACCGGAGUGGAAACCGUACAUGGAAAUUCAGCCCGUGGAACUCGAAGUCAAGGCUGGCGAAGGUAAUUUGUUCACGCUACUCCAGUUCGGUAAAUUUCAGCUCCAAGUUCGCAUCGACAUCACAGAUGAGAUGCCAAUUCUUUGGCGGAUCAUCCGUUCUGCGUCACCACAACUGCUUACUAAUGAUCCGGACGACUAUGCAGCGUUUGACAACGACCCUCAGUUCUGGAUACGUGGUCAAAUGAAGGUCAAGUAUUGGCGUGCCCAGCCAAACCAUGCAGAGUACAGUCAGUGGUGUGAUCUCGUGCCUGCUUCUCCAUCUAGCUUAGCCCCUGUCGUUUCCGCCGCAGCAUUUCACCCUGAAAGUACCGGGAAAGCACAAUUUCGUGGCCGAUUUUUCAUCUGGGGGGACCCUGUGUGCAGUUUGUACCAUUUCUUACUGCAAGCAACGCUCUUCUACUCGGCCCCGCAUGGCUCAUCGACGGAGCUGUCGGAUCUGAUGGUCGUAUCCGAGAUGCAGCGUCUGCCAUUAGAGACACUCGUGCUCGUACUGCGAAGUGAUCGUCUACGUAUUCCUCACGGAGAGCGGACCUUGCUACGAUGCUUGAACAAGCUGGUGUUUGGCAAGAGCUUUAGUUAUCUCGGCAGCUCCCCCAACCAAGUGCCUCACAAGUACAAUGGCCGCGCGAAAGACGUGAUUCGCUUGUACAAAUGUGUUCGGUGGUGUUUUGUACCACUCGACGACAUUAUUGACACUCUACGACGCUCGCCUCGGGAGCUCCAGCUCUACGAGCUGAUCGAAAAGGGUCUACAAGACACUUUACGUCGCUUCCUUCGUCGGCGCCCAUGGGGAUGGCGCAAGUACCGACACGCGUACAUGAAGAAUGAGACGAAUGUCGUCGAGUUCAAGAUCGAAGCAGGAGAGAACGAACUGUCGCCGGAGUAUUUUCCUACCGUCGUAAAACCUGAACCAAGUUCCCAAGAUUCGCUGAUCUUAAGCCCUGAUCCAGUCCCGCCACGUUCGCUUAGUGUGCCGUACUGA